AUGAUCCGUGGUCAAUGUAAGACGUACUGUCAGUGUAACUACUGCAAGCGGCCUCGUGAGCAGACAGGGGCCAUUCCGGGCAGCACCAAGCCUGUUUCAGGCAAUGAAUGCAGCAAGGAUGAACUGUAUCUUCGCACCCUUAACGAUAGCCUUCGGGCAAGGAGUCUGAUGGCCAGCUCAAAGAAUGCCCAUAAAUUUAAACCUGACACGAUGCUGCAAAGUACACGAGGUGAUAUGGCGAGAGCUGCGUUAACUGUUCCAGUUCGACGCCGCGACCGCCUGCAGGAACUUCUCAUUCUUGAGAACAAAGGGCGGAUUGAGGCCGAGCGCCAACUACGACGCGAUCGUCGGGCAAUGGGCCUUUCAGAUGAAGAGGAUACGAGAUUGCAGGAACGCGGCGUUGGCACACGUGAUGACUUCCACGAUGCAACGGCAGUAGCCGAAGCGCAUGCUUCCGAAGCGGCACCGCAACCGAAAUGCUCGGCGGAAGGGGAAUUGCUUCAUGUGCUGAAUUCCAUUAAAACCAUUACGGACGAGCACGCCGCGGAUGACGCGAACAAGCCGCUAUCAUUGGACCGCAUUCAUCAGCUGCGUCAACUUGUACAUGAACAGGAUAUGAAGGCAAAGAAAAUGGUUGCUGAAUGCCCAUUGCAGCCUCACGUGUGUGGUCAUUGCUUCGCCGUCAACGCUCAGGGGAAGCAUCUGUGCCAGGUGCCACCGCCACACAUCUUACGAGAUACGUUUUUUCCGUCUAUCCAUGGUAAAUCCACGCGUCGCUUUAAUUACAGCACACAUCCGUACGGCACCGGUGUGGUGUGGGUGCCACUUGACGAGGAAGCGAAAGAGGAGGAUGACAAGUGCGUUAUGCCCACCGCUGCAGAAGCUUAUGAUGUAGCAACAGCGGAGAGGCGGAGCCCCACCGUUUCAGACGAUGACAAGGCAGACGCAGCGUACCAGUAUCCAGGAAGUACUCACAACAAGUAUCUAACCGGUGCAAAACCUGCUCAAGAAAAGUCAUUGAAAGGAGUCUCGCCAGAGACAGAUAAUGGUCGCGCCGGGUUGGUUGACUCGGGGAAUUUGGAGAAGGGAAACAACAAUGGGAAUGGGGCGCCGCCCGCUAAUGGUAAGAAAACUCCAACAAAGGAACCACCCACCUACAAAAGCUCUGCUGCGCUGUGGCGUACCACCAACCAAGAUCGUGCAGAUCAAAUGCAGCGUUUCUUGGAGUUUAAGAAGUUACAAGCCAAUGCUGCACGUCUUUACGCUGAAACUGCGAUUAAGCGCCGCGCAGACAAUGGAGUCUUACAUGCCGUCUCCGCAGGAGACCGAAAUGGUUUGUGA